CACGAAUGAGGAGCGCUUCAUCAAACGCUAUCCAAUCGCUUUCCCACUCGUGCGCAAAUUGAGCAACGGCUUUUUAGUAUUCAUCUAGCUUAGCGGUCCCGCCGCUGUGUCUUUUGCCUCCAAAUGACCCCUGGAUCACGCGGGGAAAUGCCCAGCUUAGAGGCUUGUCAGUCCAGUUGGAUGCGGGGAGACAUGAUGGCAUCCCUGGCACCCUGGAUGGCGCUGGGUGCCGAGAUCCGUUGUCAAUGACACCUUCGCCAUGAGAGGAAGAAUAAAGAAGAAGCUGCACCUUCGUUACCUUGCUCGGCGAGACAGCUCGAAGGACCUCGCUCGUGUCUUCACCAUCGUCGACUUCUCGAUCUGGACGGAAAUAAGUUGACAAUGAAGUUUUCCGCAGUUUCCCUCCUCUUCGGAGCUGGUUCGGUGCUCGCGGCACCAACGGAGCGCUCCGAUGUUGACGACCGACAGGUCCUCUGGCUUGCUGGCGACAGCACGAUGGCACCGGGCGGUGGACACAACGGUACCCAGGGUUGGGGAGAGUACCUACACUACUCUCUCGAUUCGUCAAAGAUUCGGGUCAACAACUCUGCAUACGCUGGAAGAAGCGCGCGCACGUUCACAAGGGAGGGCCGGUUCCAGCGGAUUAUUGACGAAGUUAAGGCUGGCGACUGGGUUGUGAUUGAGUUUGGUCACAACGAUGGACCUGGCAACCCGAUCAACGAUACAGUCAAGAACCGAGUUGACUGUCCCGGUAUUGGAGACAAUGUCUGCCCUGUACUUUUUAACAACCAAACGGAAAUCGUACAGACAUACACCACCUACCUCCGCAACGCCUCCUCCACCUUCCUCUCCCUCGGUGCCCGUGUAGUCAUCUCAACAUCGACCCCCAUCAACCCUUACUCGACCGGUACCUUUUCGUGGGCGCCGACCAUCUACACGUGGUACGCUUGGUACGUCGUCGAAUCCCUCGGUGGACCCGCGGCGGGCAUCUACUACGUUCCGCACGGCAAUUACAGCGCCCAGUCCCUUCAGGUGCAGGGCCAGCAGGCAGCUGUCGAGGGCUACCCGAUGGAUGCGGUACACAUGUCGCCGAAGCUGGCGGACUCGUUUGCUGGUGCUUUUGUGUUGGGGCUUAAGUGCGGGACGUCGCCGCUGCAGGAGUAUGUUGUCAACGCAACAUCGAGACUGGAGGGGGAUAGACUGGGAACUUGCCUCCAGGUUAAUGCCACGCUGCCCAUUUAACAUCCAAUAGAGCCCAUGAAGAGAAGGGCUGUACUAUCAUCUGGUUCUUAAUGCUCGAGUGGUGUCAAACUGUAAUAGACUAUAUCAACGGCUGAUAAAAGUUGAUUAGCCCAAAGACGAAGAGCUCGAUGGAUAGGAAACUUGGGGUCUAUGGAGCUUUAGAAUAGACUGACCCAGUAACGAAGAUAAUACAGUAUAUAAGGUAGCCUGUACAUGUAAGAAGUAUCACUAUGCUCC